UGCCGAGAUGAUAUCGAAAAGCUAAGCCUCAUCACGCGACGGGUCUAAGCCAACUGGCAGCCACAGUCGAGUAGCAACCACGUGCUGAUCCCCCCGGCGCCAAGGUGAAAAACUCCAUACGAUGCAGCCGGGCGGCGGGUCUCUGGCCUUGGCGGCGACGCUUCGUCCACUCAGCAGAGAAGAUCCCAAAACAUCAGUGCCAAGAUUUACCCACCAAGUCGUUGAAUCCCUAGCUGCCUUGGCUUGCUUGUCUUGCACACUUGCAGUCAUGGUCGACAAAAUGUUGCUGGCGACAUCAAUCCUGCCAAGCCAAGUCCAUAGCAGUUCAGGCCAGACCUCUCCAGAGUCUCCACUGCCAGAUUGAUUCAAGAGAUGUCUUGGCCGGGCUGCGCACAAGAUGACCGACCUACUAGUAAUAACCUUCCCUUCCCUUCCCUUCCCUUUCUGGUCCUUAACCGGACCGGACCACUUUGCCCAGGCGCUUGACGUGGAGAUUUGUCUUGACUUUUCUUUACUUUUCAUCUACGCUCCCCCACUCACUCUCACCGGGCCGAUAUUUUGCCUGUCUGUCAUUGUUUUUGUUGUCGUUCUAGACAACAGAUUGCCUGGCUUUUUGCAUCGUCGUCUGUUGAGUGGGGACGAAACAUCGAGACCAAAUUACGACAGAGCUCCCAGUCUAGAAUCACGCGCUGUUCUCGAGUCUAAAUUGACGACCAGACCCAAGCAAAGACUUGAUUGGAACUUGAGCGGACUGAUAAUUACUAUGCUGCCGAGGUAGACCAGAGCAGCUCACUGGCUCAUCCCCGAACCCGACCUUCUUUGUUCUCUCCUGCCAACCUCCCCCACCGGGUUGGAUAUUUAGUGGCCUCUCGAUGGCCGACGCCAUAACAGUCGCCUCUCCCACCGGACCGUCCUCACCGGCGUCCGAGAAGACACAACAACCCUCGACCGUCGAGCAAAAGGUUGACUUGACCGACGACUCGCCGCCCGCGAAUAACAAAUUCGCUUUCACCCCCGCUCAGCUUCACAAGCUUUCCCUCGCGCGCUCGCUCGAAGUCCUAGAUGCCUUUGGCGGGCUUCAUGGUCUGGCCGCGGGCCUACGCACCGAUCUACAGGCCGGCCUGAGCAUAGACGAGGGAUCACUAGAGGGUACCGUCCCUUUUGAGGAGGCAGUCAGGGCCGGCAGGGAAAAAAGGCCCCCGGCCAUCAAGCCGCUCGAGACGGUCGGUGGUCAACACAAACAUGGGGCUUUCAAAUUAGAUCUUGCAGACCUGGGCGCCCCCGGUGGCCACCAACCCGUGGGGUUUGUGGAUCGGCGGCGUGUGUUUGGCGAGAAUAGGCUGCCCAAGCGCAAGCAGAGGUCCUUCUUGGAGCUUGCCUGGAUCGCCUUCAAUGACAAGCUCAUCUUUCUUUUGACGGCCAGUGCCACCAUUUCGCUCGCCCUGGGCAUCUAUGAAGCUGUCGAGGCGGAGGAGGGUGAACCCAGAAUACAAUGGCUCGACUCGGUCACUGUAAUGGUUGCUAUUGCGGUUAUCGUCUUUGGUAGCGCAUCAAACGACUGGAACAAGAAUCGCAAGUUCGCAAAGCUCAACGAACGCAAGGAGCAGCGCGAUGUCAAGGUCAUAAGAUCCGGCAAGACGAUGAACAUCUCCAUCUACGACCUUUUGGUUGGCGACAUCAUGCACAUCGAAACGGGGGACGUCGUAGCUGUCGAUGGUGUGCUCGUCAAUGGCUCUGGUAUUCAAGUGGACGAGUCGUCUCUUUCUGGCGAGUCGGAACUGGUACACAAGACGGCCAUCGCCCCCACGGAUGGAGAGCCUAAGGUACCAGAAAAGCCAAAGUCGGAGAAGCAGACGACCCAUCGUGUCACCGCAUCCGAUCCUUUCAUUCUCAGCGGCACCACAGUCAACGGAGGCGUUGGGAACUACCUCGUCAUCUCGGUGGGCACCAAUUCAACCUUUGGGAGGACGCUCAUGAACCUGCGCACCGAUGUUGAAGAGACUCCGCUGCAGCAGAAACUGGGCAAGCUGGCCAGGCAGCUGAUCGUCUUAGGUGCCCUUGCCGGUCUCAUCUUCUUCCUCGUCAUGUUCAUCCGCUUCUGUGUCAGCAUCCCCAACUCCAAUGAAACCCCCGCCGCUCUUGCCAUGCGGUUCUUCAAGACCCUCAUCCUGGCUGUCACGGUCGUGGUUGUCACGGUCCCGGAGGGACUUGCGCUUGCAGUUACUCUCGGCUUGGCCUUUGCGACGUCGCGAAUGCUCAAGGACAAGAACUUGGUGCGCAUGAUUCGCUCCUGCGAGGUCAUGGGUAACGCUACCUGCAUUUGCUCCGAUAAGACUGGCACCCUCACGCAAAACGUCAUGACGGUGGUGGUCGGCAACGUUGGAGUGACGGAGGCAUUCGGGGAAGAGGCCUCUGCCAUCGAGGCAGAGGUUGGAGUCGCCAACAGCAAAGCCGCAACAAUUGAGUCCGACAAUAGUCCCGAGGCGUCUGGCUCUGAUGUAAAAAAGCCCACCCCCAUACCUGCAACGGCUUUUUCUGCGCGCCAACUAGUUGCAUCGCUGAAGCCAGAGGUCAAGGCUCUUAUCGAAAGUGGCAUCGUUCACAACACAACGGCGUUCGAGAGCGACGAUGGCUUCGUAGGUAUGAGCACAGAGACGGCACUGCUCAAGUUUGCGCGUGAACAUCUCGCCAUGGGCCCCUUGGGCGAGGAGCGAACAAACGCCGACAUUGUCGAUAUGUUCCCAUUUGACGCCUCCAACAAGUGGAUGGCUGUCAUGGUCAAACUUCCCGGCGAUGGCGGCUAUCGCCUAUUGGUCAAGGGUGCUGCAGAGGUGGUACUGGACCAGUGCACACAUGUAUUGAGCGAUCCUAGGGCCAAAGAAGACGGGGAUGCUAGCAGUCUGACGACGGAAGAGUUCACCUCGGAGAUGCAGAUGAAUAUGCGCCAGGUGGUGCAGUCGUACGCUAUCACGAUGUUGCGGCCUGUGGCGAUGGCUUACCGUGACUUCCAAAACCCGACGGAGGUGUUUGAGGACGUCAAGGAUCCGACCUCUAUCGACUUUAAAGCCAAAUUCGGAACCCUCACUUUUGUAUCGCUCUUCGCCAUCAAGGAUCCUCUCCGGCCCGAGGUCACCGACGCGGUCAGAAAGUGUCAAGAGGCCGGCGUAUUUGUCCGCAUGGUUACUGGUGACAAUUUCCUCACGGCCAAGGCGAUCGCCACCGAGUGCGGCAUCUACACGGCUGGAGGCAUCGCCAUGGACGGGCCGACCUUUCGCAAGCUCAGCGAGGCUCAACUGGACCUGGUGAUCCCGCGUCUGCAGGUCCUCGCCCGCUCGAGCCCUGAAGAUAAGCUGUUACUCGUAUCACACCUGAAGGGCAUGAUGGAAACGGUUGCGGUGACGGGCGAUGGUACCAAUGACGCCCUCGCGCUCAAGGCUGCCGACGUUGGCUUUGCCAUGGGAAUCCAGGGAACCGAGGUCGCCAAGGAGGCAGCUUCCAUCAUCCUGCUCGACGAUAACUUUACGUCCAUCGUCAAGGCGCUGUCAUGGGGUCGCACUGUGAACGACGCCGUCCGCAAGUUCCUGCAGUUUCAGUUCACCAUAAACAUUACCGCCGGUACACUUACUGUUGUUUCCGAGCUGUCGGGUGACAACAUCUUCAAGGUUGUGCAGCUUUUGUGGAUGAAUCUGAUCAUGGAUAUUUUUGCAUCCCUCGGAUUGGCGACCGACUAUCCUUCGCCCGACUUCCUAAAGCGCAAACCUCAACCACGCAAGACAUCACUCGUGAGCUUGACAAUGUGGAAGAUGAUUGUCGGCCAGGCCCUGUACCAACUGAUUGUAAUAUUCACGCUUCACUACGGCAAGGACGCACUGUGGAACCCACAGACCAAACUCGAAGAAGACCAGCUGCAGACGCUAGUCUUCAACAUAUACGUGUGGAUGCAGUUCUUCAACCAGCACAACUGCCGACGUGUCGACAACAAGCUCAACAUCUGGUACCAAGGCGUUCUGAGAAACCCUUGGUUUAUCGGUGUCCAGUGCCUCACGUUUGCAGGACAAAUGGUCAUUAUCUACAAGGGCGGCCAGGCAUUCCAAACAGUGCCCCUGAACGGGCCACAGUGGGGCUGGUCCAUGCUCUUCGGCAUCUUGACGAUCCCACUCGGUGUCCUCAUCCGCCUCACACCCGACCGCUACGCCGGCAAGGUGUUCCACUUCUUUGGUCAGAUUCUCCGGUUCCUCUGGCGAGGCGUCCUAGUGUUUGUGCCGUCCAAGUGGAGCAAGCGGAAGCGCAACCACCUGGAAAGGCGGCGCAGCCGGCGCAGCACGGUAGAGGAGGGUGAUGAGAAUAUCUCGCACGGCGCCAUGGACAACUGGGUGCUGCAGGCGGGCGACGUACUCCGGCGACCCAUAAACUACGACUGGGCGACCAUGGGGCGACCGGACCAGGCGGCGCUGGCCAGCCGCAUCCAGACCAUGCCGGCCGCACAGCGUGAGGCCCUCGCCCGCGCUGCUCAGGCCCAUGUCGCCACCUUGUCGGGCAACAGGGCGGAGAACGAGAUUGACCUACCGGCCAUGAUCGAGGCGGCCAGGAAGGGGACGCCGUCGGGUGCCAUGGAGGUUCAUCCCGACACGAGGCCAGAUGAUCCCAUACUGCCAGAGGGUACGAUUGAUGUGCAGAGGUGGAAGAAGGUGCCACCUAGCCAGGAUCCAGAGGUUAUUAAAUACCUCGAGAGUCAGCAACAUCAGAAGGAUGAAUGAUUAUGGCUUUUUGUUGCUUUCUUAUAUGUAUUUCUUUUUUACCGGUUGGUUCCUUCUCUUGUAUAGGUUCCCUGGUUUUCUCGAGACGAACAAAACACGCACAUAGCGAUGUGACAUGACUACAGAAAAAAAAAAAAGCGACUGCAAGUGGAAGGCUGAGCAAUCAUCGUUUCAUCAUUUGCUUGACUAAUUUAAAGUUAGUAAAUAAUACCAGGCUUGAUUUGGUCUCA